AUCAUUUGUCAACCUUUUACCAAGGUUGUAUAGUCAAUGGUGUUCGAUUUAUUGCACACGAUCGAGACAAAAAGCGCACCACACAGAAUAGUGGAGUGUCUGCUGCCGGAACAGAAGGUUUUAAUUUUUACGGCACGCUUGAAGAAGUGGUGAUACUUUCUUUCACUGGUGCAUAUUCAGUGGCAUUAUUUCGGUGCAAAUGGUUUAAUACAAAUCCAAGAAUGAAGAAAACAGUCAUUGAAAAUAAUGUCACCAGUAUAAACGUCAAUGGCGAAUGGUACAAAGAUGAGCCGUACAUACUUGCUACUCAAGCUAAGCAAGUUUUCUAUCUUGAUGAUUUACUUAGAGGUCGUGAUUGGAAAGUUGUAGAAGAUGUGAAUCAUCGACAGAUUUGGGACAUUAAGGACAAUUCUGAUGAGGUUAAUGAUGUUAUUGAUGUUGUACAUGAAACAAGUUCAUCAAAUUUUUUGUUGACUGUGGACCUUGGAGAGUUGAUUAUGCAAUCUGAUCAACCUGCUGCUUAUGUUGGAGCUGAUGAAGAUGGUGACGACGAAGCUGAUAUGUCAGAACAUGAGGACGUUGCAGAUGCAGAAGAUGAAUUGGUUGUUGAACUUUGUGAAGAUGAAAAUGUGUCUCCGAGUACUGAUGGAAAUGAUAGUGAUUACUCUGUUUAGUUUUUUUCUAUUUGUGUAACAGAACUAUGUAUUUAAAUAUAAUGAAGUGUUUUUUUGUAAUUAUAAUAUAAGAUAUUUGAGCUUUGUGAAGAUGAAAAUGUAUCUCCGAUUACUGAUGGAAAUGAUAGUGAUUACUCUGUUUAGUUUUUUCUAUUUGUGUAACAGAACUAUAUAUUUAAAUAUAAUGAAGUUUUUUUUUGUAAUUAUUAUUAUUAUGAAUUCAAUGUGAUAUACUUCUAUUUAAUGCUAAUUACUAACUAAUAAAUUUUAAACUGAAGUAUAAUGUCAGCUGAUAUAGCUACUUAUCAUGGCGGAGAUGGUGGGGGUCAAGACCCGCCAGAUCCUUCUAGGGUACCAACAUCUUGCGAGUCAGGUUAAAUAUUGCAUAUCAAAAUUAUUUUUAGAAAUUAUAUUGUUAGAUAAAUAUAACAUCAAUACUAAUACUGAUUAUUGUUAAUAAAUUUUAAAGCCCCGUCGACGAGAAGAAAAGGUCGUGGCCCUGCUAGUAAUAAUGUUCUUGAAGAACGAAGGAAAAAAGCUGGGAAACCAUUGGAUCUAGAGCUUGAUCCUGUGACCAACAAAGUGGUUGGGCAGGAGGAUCAAGCUUUUAUUCGCAUGUUGGGAACUCUAGUUUCCAUGUUGUGUCCGGGGCAUUAUUUGGAUUUUGCUGAUGUACCUCAACAGUUUAAGGAUCAAGUGCUUGAUCGUAUGAGGUAUUACUAUAAUAUAGACGGUCAUCCACAACGUGAGUCAGUUCUGGCAACUCUCAACAAGGAGAUGGGGGAAAGAUAUCGCGAGAGAAAGAACUAUAGACAUAGACACUUCAAAAAUCAUUAUGCUGGACCAGAAGAUUUGGAGAAUGUCCUCUCUAAGCCACCUAACCAUUGCACUAAGGAGGCUUGGCAGCUUAUUUGUGAAAUGUUUUUGAGCGAAAGAUUUUUGGCUCGUUCCGCUAAAAAUCAAGCAAACAGAA